UCUUUGAGAAGAAGAAAAACAGUGAGUGAUCGGAGCAAGCAGCCAUGGAUAAAACAAGGUCUCCAUCGGGAGUUACAGGGCACAUGGUUGUCCACCACGACGGCGGAAGCUUCUGGGACCUAUUCAAGUUCGCUGUGUUUGGAAAUAUGGAAAGUGCGAUGAAAUUUAUUAAUAUUUCAGCGGAAGGAACAACGAUAAUGGCUACCGCAGCUCGUGAGAGCCGAUGGUAUAUUUCGGUUGCGAUUUGCAAGAUUCUUAAGCUUUUUGAUCGCCCAUUGGAGCUGUUUGGUCAUGCGCUUGAGUUCUGCCUCAACUUUUAUCAUCAAAAUGGUGGUUUCUUUGGCAUCCCCCUUAACGCCCUAUUAUUAAGGCUGAAAAUACCAAGAAGAGGAACAGAGAAUUUCAUAAGUUUUAUUGGGUUUACGGAUCCACGAGUGGAUCUUCAAAGGAGUCAACUGGUUUCACACCAAGCAGAUGAAAUGGUAAUCAAAGACGCAGCUCCACAUUUACUAAAAGAAGGACACAAUCUAAGUGUUCAGUCACUGGUGGACCUAACACCUCUCAUGGAUCUCUGCAUUAUGGCGGCCAAGCUUGCUUAUGAAAAUACCGCAGUUGUUCAUAAAGUUGUCACCAAAAGUUGGAAGGAAAGCUUCGUGGCCGAUUACCAGGGCAUGAAUUAUUACACAUGUAAAAGGGACACUCAUGCAUUUAUCUUUUGCGACAAGAAAGAGGAUGCAAACUUGAUAGUGAUAAGCUUCAGAGGCACGGGACCAUUUACGAUGCGAAAUUGGUGUAGUGAUUUCGAUUUCUCUUUAGUUCAAUUCGGAGAUGCCGGAUCUAUCCAUGUCGGAUUCUUAGAAGCAAUGGGUUUAGGUCAUAGGCAUCAUCCACCAUCCUUUGGAUUUAGCCUUCAGGCUAGGCCAGUGCUAAUUGGAUCCGAUGAAUUCGACUUUAACCGUGAUGGUGUUUAUUCACGUGCGUUAGGACGGCUUCGGGAUUUAAUAAAGGAACACACAAAGGCGAAAAUUGUAGUCACUGGUCAUAGCUUAGGUGGUGCACUUGCAAUAGUUUUUGCGUGCCUUCUUGUGAUACAGAAUGAGAUAGAGGUGCUGGAUAGAUUGCUAAAUGUGUAUACAUAUGGACAGCCUAGGGUUGGAGAUUUUGAUCUUGCCUUAUAUAUGCAGAGCCGUCUUAACUUUCCUAGUCGGAGGUAUUUUCGGGUGGUUUAUUGCAAUGACAUUGUGCCUAGGGUUCCGUUCGAUGAUGUCUUCUUCACUUUCGAGCAUUUUGGUAUUUGCGUUUACUAUGAUAGCUUCUACUUCGGCUACUUCACGAAAGAGGAGCGGACUAGAAAUUUCUUCGGACUAGGGAACGCGAUCAACAUGCACAUAACAGCCUGGUGGGAGCUAAUGAGAAGUUUCAUAACAGGUUUAUAUUUGGUGCAUGGUGCUGAAUACAAAGAGACUUGGGUCUCUAUUGCUGGUAGAGUAGCAGGACUCAUUCUCCCUGGUAUUUCUGCUCAUAGUCCUGUUAAUUAUAUUAACUCGGUCCGCCUCGGACGACAACUUAAGCAUCCAUUGAUGUCUCUACAACAGAUCGCAGCCGGUCAAUACAUGGAUGAUGAUCGUUCUAAUGUUAAGACAUGUCAUUAAAAGUAAUUUAGCAUUUCUGCAAAUAAUAAAUAAAGGGUCUAUGCAUAUUUGAAUAAAAGGGUACCUGUUGUUGGGGGACAGAUUGCCUGCCUAGCUAGCUGGGGUUUAUGCAUACAUGAGCUUGUUGGUCUCGGUUAGUUAGUUGUUUUUUUAAUUUUCAGUUUAAUCAAACUGAUGUAGUUCAACAGAAAUAAAUUGAAUGUUUGGAAAUCUUUUGGGUUUUA